AUGGGGCAGUAGCUGAAAUUGAGAAAAAGAUUAUAGAAGCUUUUGAGGUGUUUGACCAUGGAGGCAAUAAAACUGUGGAUGUCAGAGAGAUUGGUUCAAUUGUCAGGUCACUGGGUUGCUUCCCAACUGAGGCAGAACUACAUGAACUGCUUGCAAAGGUAGAAGAAGAACCACCAACCGGAUACAUUAAUCUGGAAAAAUUUCUUCCAGUGAUGACAAAAGUACUACUUGACAGAAGCUACCUGCCUAUUCCAGAAGAUGUUCUUCUGCGUGCAUUUGAGGCUUUGGAUGAGAAUAAAUGUGAAUAUAUUACUAAAGAGGAGCUGGCCAAAUAUUUGACUGAAGAAGGUGAACCCUUUACUCAGGAAGAAAUGGCGGACAUGCUCUCCGUGGCUCUAGAUCCACAAACAAAUACUGUUCGCUACAGAAACUACAUUUUAAUGCUGAUAAUAGAUGAAAAUUAA